AUGCGGAAGAUUGACAAGCAGUUGUGGGUUGGAGGUAAAGAUAAGGGUGGAGGUGGCUAUGGAUAUAAGGUGGUGGUGUUGAGGCAAAAUGCUAAUACCAAAGAAGAAAUGGAUCGACAACAAGAAGCCACAGUAACGAACAACCAUCACUUCUUGAUCAUCUUUUUCCCGAUCCAAGGCCAUAUCAAUCCGUCCCUCCAAUUAGCGAAAAACCUGGUGCGCAAUGGUGCAAAAGUUACCUUAGCCACCCAGAACAGCGGCCUUAAAAAAAUAAAAUCCUUCCCAACUCUGCAGGGCUUGUCAUAUGUUUCCAUUUCCGGUGAUCAGGACGAAGAUGACUCACAAAACCAGGAAGAUUUUUCAAGCUCGGUACUCGAAUUUAGGCGCAUAGGCUCCCAAAAUCUCGCCAGUCUUGUCCGAAAGUUUUCGGCCGAUGGGGAACCGGUGACCCUUAUAGUUUACAGCAUCUUACUUCCUUGGGUGGCUAUGGUAGCCCGUGAUCUUCAGGUACCAUCUGCUUUUCUUUUUAAUCAGUGUGCCACUGUUUUUUCCAUUUUCGACCGCUUCUUCAAUAGUACAGAUGGUCUACAUCAUGGCGAAAAGGAUCCUUCCAUCUCAAUAAAACUACCGGCGUUGCCAUUAUUUUCUUCAAGAGACUUGCCCACCUUUCUCUUACCGGAUAGUCCCUUUAGUGGCUUGAUGGUCCCUGUGAUGCUAGAACACAUACAAAUCCUGGAGCAAGAUUCCACAUCAUUUGUUCUUAUUAAUACAUUUGAAGGAUUAGAACAAGAAUCAAUCAAAAAUAUCACCAAUAUGAAGGUUAUUUCAGUUGGACCCUUAAUACCAUCAGCUUUCAGUGAUAGAAAUGAUUUGACAGACAAAUCUUUUGGUGGCNUGUAA